GUUCUUCUCUGGGGGAGAAGGUGCGGGUAGCGCUGCAGACUGUAGAGGGCGCUCUGGAUCAGUACAGUCUGGAUAAGGUAUGCGUGGCCUUUAAUGGGGGAAAAGACUGCACAGCGCUGCUGCACUUAUACCACGCGGCUGUGCAGAGGCGCUAUCCGGAGAGCAAGGAGAAGCUGCAGGCGCUGUACAUCCGCACCGUCUCAACCUUCCCAGAGAUGGAGCAGUUCAUGCAGGACACAACCAAACGGUACACUCUGCAGAUCUUCACCAUCCAGGGGGACAUUAAGCAGGCGCUCCUGGACCUGAAGGCAGAGCAGCCGCAGCUGGAGGCCAUACUGAUGGGGACCCGCCGCACCGAUCCCUACUCCCGAUCCCUCACCUCAAUGUGUCUGACCGACCCUGAUUGGCCCCGAUACAUGAGAGUGAAUCCCCUGCUGGACUGGUCGUACCGUGACAUCUGGGAGUUCCUGCGGACGCUGUAUAUCCCGUACUGUAUCCUGUAUGAUAAAGGGUACACGUCUCUGGGCAGCACAACCAACACGGUAAAGAACCCGGCGCUGCGGUACGUGACCCCGGCGGGUGUGGAGAGCUACCACCCGGCCUACAUGCUGCAGAACGAGGAGGAGGAGCGCUCGGCCAGGAAGUAAUGUAUCAGGCUGCGCUGUAGGUGUGCCGCCAUACUGCCCGCCGGCCGCACUCACUGACCGGGGAUAAUGUGCUCUGUCAGCGUUCAGCUCUGCUGUGUCAGCGUCAUCACGGGGCGAUCCCAUGGGUCUCAGUGGGUGGGGGGAUUCUAGGGGAUUCCGGGGCACAAUACCCCUGCCGGCUGAUAUAUUGCCCCCCUGUCUGCCCGCAGCAUAUGAUGAUCCCAAUAAAGAGACGUGUGGUACCAUCGCUGUGCCAGGCUGAGCCCCACCGCCCCGUGGUGCCCUUUGCUCCGUUUUCCAUGGGACAGGCGCUCCGGAAUAUGACCCUGCCGUUCCCCCGCUACAAGAACGUGAUGGGCAUCAAUAUGGGCCACUCGUUCCUGCAGAACCUGAAGGAAUUCCUGUACUUCCUGCUGUGCUGCUGGUGUGUGAAGGAGCUGCUGGACUAGUGG